GGAGCUCCGGGGAGACUCAAAGUUUGCGUCUGGAGCGGUAGUGGGAAGUGGGCUCACCGAGGAGGGUUUUUUCUUGCGGCGAGAGCCGUUCUCCUACCUUCACUGUGGAUGUACACGCAGCUUUAACCCCUGCAGCCUUCGGCCCGACCCUCGACUGCCUGUCUCCCCCGGGGGUUCUCAGGUCUCCGAGCACCCGGAACGGGAGCCCUGGGCCGUUCUCUCCGGCGGGGGAGCGGACGUUUCCUUCCCCAGUGCACAAGCUACACGCACACACGCGCGCACACGCACUCACGCGCGGAGCCGGAUCGCCCUCCGCGGCGCCACAGCCAGCGCCCUCCUGCGCUCAGCAUCCCCGGCCCCGCGCGCCUCGGACCACCAUGGAGGUGCUGGAGAGCGGGGAGCAGAGCGCCCUGCAGUGGGACCGCAAGCUGAGCGAGCUGUCAGAGCCGGGGGACCCCGAGGCUCUCACGUACCCCACGCACUUCUCAGAACUCCUGGAUGAGUUUUCCCAGAACGUCUUGGGUCAGCUGCUGAACGACCCUUUCCUGUCAGAGAAGAGUGUGUCGAUGGAGGUGGAGCCAUCCCCAACAUCCCCAGCCCCUCUCAUCCAGGCCGAGCACAGCUAUUCUCUGAGUGAGGAGUCGCGGGCCCAGUCACCGUUCACCCACGUUACCAACAGUGACAGCUUCAAUGAUGAUGAAGUGGAGAAUGAGAAAUGGUACCUGUCUACCGAAUUUCCUUCAACCACCAUCAAGACCGAGCCGAUUACGGAGGAGUCACCCCCAGGACUUGUUCCCUCUGUCACUCUGACCAUCACAGCCAUCUCCACCCCGUUUGAAAAGGAGGAACCUCCUCUGGAAAUGAAUACUGGGGUUGAUUCCUCGUGCCAGACAGUCAUCCCUAAGAUUAAGCUGGAGCCUCACGAAGUGGAUCAGUUCCUAAACUUCUCUCCCAAAGAAGCUUCCGUGGACCACCUGCACCUGCCGCCCACCCCUCCCAGCAGCCACAGCAGUGACUCAGAGGGCAGCCUGAGCCCCAACCCGCGCCUGCACCCCUUCGGCCUGCCUCAGACCCACAGCCCAGCCAGAGCGGUGCCGCGGGCCCCCUCGGCCCUCUCCAGUUCCCCGCUUCUCACGGCGCCUCAUAAACUGCAGGGCUCAGGCCCACUGGUCCUGACAGAGGAGGAGAAGAGGACACUGGUCGCUGAGGGCUACCCCAUCCCCACCAAGCUGCCCCUGACUAAAUCAGAGGAGAAGGCCCUGAAGAAAAUCCGGAGGAAAAUCAAGAACAAGAUUUCUGCGCAGGAGAGUAGGAGAAAGAAGAAGGAGUACAUGGACAGCCUGGAGAAAAAGGUGGAGUCUUGUUCAACGGAGAAUUUGGAGCUUCGGAAGAAGGUCGAGGUCCUGGAAAACACCAACAGGGCUCUUCUCCAGCAGCUGCAGAAGCUGCAGACUCUGGUGAUGGGCAAGGUUUCUCGCACCUGCAAGUUGGCGGGCACGCAGACUGGCACCUGCCUCAUGGUGGUUGUGCUGUGCUUUGCCGUGGCGUUCGGCAGCUUCUUCCAGGGCUAUGGGCCCUAUCCUUCCGCCACCAAGAUGGCCCUGCCCAGCCAGCAUUCCCUGCCGGAGCCGUACACAGCCUCUGUGGUGAGAUCCAGGAACCUGCUCAUCUACGAGGAGCAUUCUCCCCUGGAGGAGCCGUCCAGCCCCGCCUCGGCCGGGGAGCUUGGCCGCUGGGACCGAGGCUCCUCCCUGCUCAGGGCGUCGGGGCUGGAGUCUAGGCCGGAUGUGGAUCUUCCCCAUUUCAUUAUCUCGAAUGAGAGCAGCCUGGAGAAGUCAGUGCUGUGGGAGCUCCAGCAGCACCUGGCCGGCGCCAAACUGGAGGGGAACGAAACACUCAAAGUUGUCGAACUCGACAGGAGAGUGAACGCCACCUUCUGAGAGGGGGUCUCCACCGCUCUCUCUCUCUCGGCUCUGCUUUUACUUCCCCAAACCACCUGUGUUAUAAGCUUUUCCUUUUUCCCACCCAACACGGAUGAAGACAUGGACGAGCAGUGGAGCGGUCGUGGCUUUGGCCGGGAGGACAGCCUGCGAUUUCCACCUGCGGUGAGAGCCCUCCCCCUGCAGCCCCGAGGCCUUCCCUGCAAAGGGAGCCCGAUCUCUCCCUCCCUUUCGCUUCCUGCCUUAGGGAAUUACAUUAGGGUCAGGCUCUGGGACAAGUGGGCUUGUUUCUACCGAUCGGAUCGUGCUGCAAAUCUACAGCCUGGCUCUCACCAGGGGUGUGACCACCUCUUUGAAGAUGAUGACUCUUAUUCAUUGGAGACCCCACACGCUGGCCAUAAAGAGCCGAGGAUGCCUGUUGGGAUCUGGUGAAGCAGUGACUGAUGUCCCACCUCCCUCAGCAUGGUCUCCGGUGUGUCCGCCCAUCAGCCCCGGAAGUGCCAGUGUGUCCAGUGAGCGCCCCGCCACUCUGCUCUGUCCAAGCCCUCCAGCCCUUGCCUGUGGUCCUCGCUCUGGGCCAGGGCCCCUCACAUUCUCAGGCCGCAAGUGCAAUGCCUGAAGGAAUCAGGCUUCUCUACUCCAGGCGAACCUGCCCGUCUUGUUGCUUGUAGGACUUCUCCAUAACCUGUGUUCCCUCACCCAUAGAUCCGCCUCCUGGCUUCUCCUCCCCGUUUGUAAAUAGUAUUUAUUAGCUUGCGAGGCUUCCCGCUAGCAGCCGCUGAAGAGAUCCUCCCGCCAAGCCUGCCGAGUCUUGGGUUGGACUUGGGCGCUAGGAGGGCAGCCUAGGCUCUGGGAUUCCCAGUCCUCCAGGCCCUGUUCCAGUGCCUUUUCUUCUCUUUGUUCCUGGAGGCCUAUCACUGUAGGUGGGAAAUCAUUGUAAGCAUGUUCUCCCUAAGAAUGAACUCGAGGAAAGAUGGCUUACGCUUGUGAUCUGUGGCCAGACGCUUUGUUGUCCUGUGCCCGGAACAGAGCAGGGAAGGCCUGUCCUGACCACAGGCGUGUCGGACAACCUUGCUAGCAUGUCUCUCCACACCUGCUCCUGGCCCUCCUCCGCACCUCCCCCCACCCCCACUUUUACCGCCCACCCCCCCUUCUGCCUCAACACAGGGGUUGGGCCUGAGGUCUGCUCCGGGGGUCGGAGCAGGUGACAUUGUUAUCUACAGUCUUACCUUUUAUAGUCAGGUUUGGCUACUUUGCAGCUCACCCAAAGAGACGUAACCCCCACAACCUACUUUAUUAUUAUUUUUUUAAUGAUUAAAGUAACUUUUGUAGUUUUAAAAAAAUCUCUCCUCUUUCAUACAGAUAAGACAUGAAGUUGCCUGUUUAUUGUAUAAUGUAGAAAGUUUGCCUUAAGUGUUUUCCCCUAGCUUGUAAAAGACUUGGCUUACAUUUUGUAUUUUUGUUUUUAGUAGAAACUGAAGGGCCUUUAGCUUUAAUUCCUCUCUCGCCUCUCUCUCUCUCUCUCCCCCACACUGUCAUUAGAACCUGUACUUAAGAGGAUCAAGCCCACAGCUGGGCCUUUCCCCCAUCCCGUACAGGAUUUGGUGUCAUUAACAUUGGCCAUCAUAUUUCGUAAGCAGAUCUGUUUGUCUGUCCAGGUACAUCUGGGGCUCACUGUCAGGGACUCCUGGGUGUCCCUACUAUGACGGAGAGUGUUCCAGACCGGGGGGGUGGCCAAGUUCACCUUCUCCGCAGUGUGUGAAUGCGGGGUCAGGACUGCAGUGGUCCUGGUGGCCCUGCCGGCCCUUCGCACAGUUCUCGCUGCCCUUUACACUGGCCAGGGAGGACCCUCUGGGCUGUGCCUCCGGCUCCAGCUUCUCUCUACUCCCUUCUCUCCUUUCCUUCUGCUCUGGAUCCUCCGGGCCUGGCUGGUGUCUGAUAACCGUGGCCCACCACCUACCCAUCUCUCUCUGUAAAAUGUUGUGUAAUGAUCAGGCAUAGGUAGUCCGGGGGUGCCCAAGAAGGGGAAAAGGAUUAACUCAAAUAGUAUUUGGAUGAUGCGAAAGGAAAGGUUCAUAGUUAAGGGCAGAAGUGUGAGAAUGGCUCAGCCUACCCACCUGUUGUACCAGCACCAAAUGGGGUUUUUAAGGCUCCUAAACCAGCCAGCACGGGGCACCUGCUUGUGUGAGCGAGGAGGGGAAGGGGAAGGGGCAGCACACUGGGAGCCUGUUCUUAGAGCCUCGAGGAUUUCAUUCUCUCCCUUGCCCACUCCCCCUUGACAUCACUCUCUCCAGUGCAUAGGUCAUGUGUCAUAGAGAUGUAACUUGAAACCUAUGUGAUCAGAUUAACCAGUGUCACCCCAAUAAAUUUAAUAAAAAUAAAUGCAAACAAAUGGCUACCCACUCUGCCCAAACCUCUGUCCAGCAGGGCAUUCUCUCUGAGAAACCGUUCUUCCGAUGAGAAUCUGUCACUAGAGACAGGGGACAUCAGCUGAGAGCUCAAAUGGCCACUUUAAGGGGUUCCCAGAACUAAUAUUGCUGUUGUGUUGAGAAAAACCUCUGCCCUCCACUUCCUGCUUUGGGGAGUAAAGGAGAUGAACCAUGCUUUUAGAAGGAUGUAAAGGGGUCAGGAGACAAGAGGAGUUGGAUAGUAGCAGAUGGGUCCCAGACAAUUCAUGGAUGUGCACAUGUUGCUGUCCCGGGGUAAGCCCCGUUGUUUCCCCCACAGAGUGGUCCGCAGACCGGUCAGCCCUGGUGAGCCCUGGCGAUUUCAAAUAGUGGCAAGCGCUGGCUUCUGAAUUUCAGUUUUG